AAAGUCCAAGAAGGAAGUUUUGGAACUUUUCAAUGUUUCUUCAGUACAUUCUACUGCAAAAUGGUUAUCCAGAACUUUGCGCAUACAGAAUAUGAUAAUAAUAAUCAAGAAUUGACAGUUUUAAGUCGUCAUUCUUUUGACAAAAAUGGACUAAAAAUUGUUGGGGCUGUUUCAGUGGUUUUUGUUCAACCACUUGAUGGAAAGAAUGAACAGUAUGAGUGGCAGAAUGAAGAUAAAGUAUCAUCAUCACUUUCUGUCAUCACUUUGCCAGGAUCUUUUACACAAACUGUAGAUUGCAACAAACAAAGAAACCUUAACCAUGAUAAUCAGAAAGGUUUCAAUCAUAUUGAAUACAGAUCAGACUUUGUAUCUAAGGAAUCGCUUAGCCAAGAAAACAAAAUUCCUGGUAGUACUGGAAACAUUGAUGAUGAAUUCACCAAAAAUCAUAAUGUUAGUAUCAUUGAUUUCUCCAAACAGAGGCUCGAUCCUUCAUUGCAAUCUAGACAGUUUUCAGGGAAUCCUGUUAAUCAAAAUCGAAACAAUUUCAAACCAUCAUCUAAAACAGUGCCAAACAUUUCCCAAACAAGAUCUUUAAAUCAAUUAACCUCUGCUACAGUAAGAAGUGUUCAUAUACCAAAUGUACCAACAAGUAUACCCAAAACUGUUCCUAUGGUGACUGCAGUUAUUCAAGAUAAUAUCCAGAUUCCAGGGAAAAUUCCUAAAACUGUUCAAAUGGUGACUCCAGUUAUUCAAGAUAAUAUCCAGAUUCCAAGGAAAAUUCCAAAAACUGUUCAAAUGGUUGUAGGUGAACAGCCAAUAAAUGGUGCAGAAGGUCAACAUGUUCAGAAACAGAGUUCUCUGAAUAUACCAAAAGUUGUUGAAGCACCACAUGAGAGGAGGAUGUUGAAGGUAAAACCCAAAUUCAUGAGAAUUAAAUCUCUGGUUGUCACAAGGGAUAAGAAACAAGAUGUUUACUGCAAGCUUUGUCAACAGAAAUUAGAGUCUUGUAAUGACAUUAUGUUACAUUCAGACCAACAUAAUCUUCAUCUUGCUUGCUGUGUUUGUGAGGCAAAAUUUGGAUCCUAUUGCAACAUGAGGCGUCAUUGUAUCGGCCAUGUUCAGAGUAUUCUUUAUAAGUGUUCUCUUUGUCACUGUGCAUAUAAACGAAAAGACAAUCUAAAUACUCACAUAAAGAAACAUUAUACAACUGGUGUAAGUAGUUGGAGGUGUCAGGUUAGGAAUUCUUACCAUCGUUCCAUUUCACAAUUAUCUAAAAUAAAUACUAUUGCCAAAGUACCAAAACCACCCAUCCCAAAUUCAUCAAGAAUGCAGACUCAGACUCCAUCAUUGUCAUCGUCUACAAGUUUGUCUUCUGAUCAAUUUCCUUAUCCGUUAAAUACCGCAGAGAAAACAAUAAACAGUGGUUUUGAAGUCAGAAAAACUCCAGAUUGUUCAAUGUCAAACUCUUCAGAAAAUCAUAUUGAUUUAACCUCUGAUGAUGAUCUUUUAGAAGUCGUAAAUGUUAGGGCAGACAAGCCAUCCUCUGAACUAGAAAAUUCCGACCUAACAAAUACGGUUUUUACAACAGAACCAAAUACCUGUUCAGAAAUAGAAGAAAUGGAAAGUAAUGCAAGUGAACUGUCUACAGAAAACCAGUCACACAAACCCAGCUCUAGCUCUUCAGAUGCAGAAAAUCUACAAGAAAAGGAAAAAAUGGAACUUCCUAAACAAAUAAUGAACUAUACUUGUAGCUCAUGUAGUUUGAACUUUGAACAAAUCGACCAUCUGAAGCGUCACAUUUUAUCUUAUCACUCGGAAGAAAUUGAUCCUUGUAAUGACACACAAAAUAAGGGAGAUAAUUCAAAUAUACUGGAAUCCGACGUUAAAAUGGAAUCUUAUGAUACAAGUCAAGACUCACAGAUCAUAGAUAUUGGGAAACUAGGUGAAUUUUCUCAUCAGUUAGCAAAACAGUUAGUUGAAAAUGUUCAGGACAAUGUCAUGCACAUAGAAAAUUCAAAUAUGGUUCAUUAUACUACCAAUGAAAAUAGUCCAAAAAGUUCUCAGAAGAACUCAAUUUAUCAUUCAAACAUGAGCAUUUAUACUCCUAAUGAAAACAGUCCAUCAAGUUCACAGACAACUUCAAUCAAUCAUUCUGAAGGAAAAUCACAGAUGAAUAACCGAUCAUUGAAAAAGGGCAGAUCUGGCACUAGUUUAAGUUCUGUGACACCGAUAUGCAGGGUAUGUGGCUUUAUGUUUAAUGACAUACAGACAGCAGUUGACCACAAAAUGAACCAUCCUGCAGAGAUACCAAGUAUGUUUGGUUGUACAAUAUGUAACACAGACCUUAGUUCGCGAGAAUGUUUACGUAGACACAUUAGAAGCCAUAUGGGAGAAGAGCACCGUUGUACCUAUUGUCAUUCAAAAUAUAGUCGACUGGAUAAUUUAUACACUCACAUGAAAAAUGCUCAUGGAUGGGUUAAACAAAACAGAUAUGAUCGAUUUGGAAAUGGUUAAUACUGCACAAAACAAUGUCUGUGAUACUUUUAGAUUGCGGGAUGUUGUCCCAUUUUAAUGUAUACUGGUUUUAAUCAUGAGCUUUCUAUAUCUAUAAGUUAAAAUGUCAACUGAUUGCAAGCGUGUGCAAUUGCAACUACUGGCAUGACUAGCUGACCACCAUCCAUCCCUUAACAAUUUACGUUUUCAUUAUCUCAGCUGAAACUACCAAAACAGUUAAAAUUUAAAACAGACUUAACAAAUUCAAUGUCAUAAGAUCAUAAAUAAAGCAUAUUUUUUUUUAUACACUGUAUCAGAGCACGAAAAUGCAUAGAAGUUUUAUAUAAAAAGUCCUCACUUAUUUUGAUCGGAUGAAAAAUCAACUAUCUAGAUAAUGUAUGAGAUUCCUUGAAAAAAUCCAAUUAUUUUCUGGUCAGGCAAAAAACUUAGCUGCAAGAGACAAUUCUUGAUUCUGAGUGGUCAAAUUCAAAUUUCAUCUUAGACAGCAGUGUAGCACCAGUGUAGCAAAUGUAAGCAUGUGCUUACAAAUAAUUUUAUAAAAAAAAAAUUUUCAAUAAAAAUUUUACUAUGAUCGUUCAGCUUAUGGGGACUGCUGCCCCCUUACUUUUUCCAGUAGCUACGCCACUGUUAGAUACUAAUAGAUUCUUUACAGUAUUGAUUAUUGGCCAGGGUUCCCACUUUAUAAGCUUUUACUUCAUGCUGAUCAGUUGGCAAUUAUACUAGAAAUUGCAUUUUGCAGGAAUAGUGCAACUUAUUUCCUCUGAGUAAUUUUUAAAACAAAACAAUCAUUAUUUUUUUUUAUCAGAUAAAAAGUCAGAAUAAUCAAUAGGAAUUUUUUUUUCUGAAUUCUUCUUUCCAAGAUAAUUUUUCUUCUGGAGUUACAAUGCCAAAACUUCUAGAGCUGAUUAAUUGAACAUGCUGAAGACUACCGUAUUUAUUUUUUUAAUUUGGAGGAAAGUUUAAUUUGUUUUGUUAAUUCAGUUUCCUAUGCAUAUUUGUAAAUAAUGCUGACAAUCUUGGGUAUAAUGUUAAUUCUAACAUGACGUUCUUCAAACGCUUUGAGUACACACCCGUGGUAAAAUAUGAAUAUAUUGUUUGGGCUGUUCCGAUCGUACUCCCGCGUCAUAUGCUUUUUUUAUGAAUGAGCUACCCGACGUCAUAGAACGAUGACGUAAGAAUAUAAGCAUUUUACGGGAAAACACACGCUUGUGAAACCGAAAAUCAUCACAACAAGGAAACAUAAACAAACGAUGCUAAAAUGUGUUAUAUAAGCCAUUUUUUGUUUCCAUAUAAGAUAUAUAAAUACAAUUAUCAUUUAGAUUCAUUCAAACCUGUCUAAAUAUGUCAUUGUAAAUAGUUUAAGCAUGCCAUUUAUUCAGUUUGCUCCGUUCUUUUACGUCAAUUUAAUAGUGCGUUUAUUUAUGGGAAUGGCAAAUAAUGCCUUCACCUAGAGCGCUUCAUCCCAAAAGAAUUGCCGUAUUUGUCCUAUUAGAAUCGAAAUAAUUCAUGGGGGCUUGAAUAUAUCGUGAUUUUACCACGGGUUGUCUCUUUAUGCCGAUAUUUUACCCCUCGCUAUCGCUCAGGGUAAAAUAUUUGUCAUAAAGGGCCAACCCGUGGUAAAAUCACGAUAUAUUCAAGCCCCCAUGAAUUAUUUCUUAAUUAAUAUAUAAUCACUAUAGAUAUUAAAAUGCAAAAAUCAAAUGAACUUAAUUAGACAAUUUGAAUUGGAUCUUUUUAAAACAUGAAUUUGGGGUACUGGUACAAAUUUGUGUUUUUUUUCACUCAAACUUAUUCAGUUAACAUGAAAAGAUCAUCCAUCCAGUUGAUUGAGAUAUUUAGGGUCAGUAGGUAAAAAAAUAAUUAAUAUAAGUUCUAGACCUUAUAAUAUUACCUGUUGUGCCUUUCAAAUAUCUUUUAAAUCCAUGUGACGUCUGGGCCACACAUAAAAAUAUUUGGGUUUGCCCAAACAUUACCCAAAGGUAAACAUUGGGUAGGUAGGUAGGCAUUUUCUUUUUUUUUUCGCAAAGAGAAAUUGAAGUUUUUCUGGGUAGGUAGGGUUAGGGCAAACAAACAUGUUUUUUUUUAUGGCCUUGAUCUUAAGGGUUUAAUUGUUAAAACUAUAUACAUUUAGAUUCUCAAUGCGUCUAUACAUUUUUACUGUGACUAAAAUUUUUAAAAGAAAGCAACAAAGUAUAAAAAACAAUUUUCACUUUUGUAACUCUCAUGGUUGCUUUAUUAAACAGUUUUUGUAAGCUGCUAGAAGCAACUAGAAAAAAAAAGUUUUUUUAUGCAAUUAACUCAUUUUGAUUAUUGGUUUAGAAUGCAAAUGUUGAAUUUUGUUCCUGACAGGUCCAUUGACAGACACUUAAAUGUGUCUCUUAAAACUUUGACAGCAGCAAAAAAUGUAAUUGUUUUACAACAACCAUAUCUACCAUGUCUACUGACUGAAAAACUGUAAUGUACUAAUUCAAUUUUAUGGUUGUUGAGAAUUGAAUUAUUUUUAACAAGAGUUACUUCCCAUUGUAUAGUGAAUCUGUUGUUUCACUCGAAUAUGUUGCAAGGAUAGCACAGUUGUCUCCCUUGUAAGAAAUGUUAACAUGGCUAAGGACUUUAAAUAUGCAUACAGUCUGCUGAAAAUUGACUUUUUUUACCAACUGGACAAUCUGUGAUUUUCAUAUGUAUGGGAAGAAUAUAUAUAGCCAUAAACUGCAUAAAAGAUAACUAUAAAAAUUUCUAAAUAUUUCACUAGAAGUAUAUUUGAUAUUAUGUUUUUAAAAAACUAUUUGAGAUAUUAUUUUGGAUUGCUAGGUUAAAGUUUUAAUUCAUAGCAUAGGACAAAACUGAGAGGGUACACAAAAUUUAGGAAUACUCUGCAGUUAAAAAUAUGAGUCAAGCAUUCUUUAAUUUUAUUGUUUUUAGUUAGUUACAAAAAAAAAUUGUUUUUGUGUAUACUUUUGCAUACAUGUAUGUUAUGAAAUGUUGCAUUUUCACAUAGAAAUGAAUAAAUUUCUAUCAAUGUUUCCUUGAGUUUGACUAAACAAAAUGACUGAGGAAAUAUUGUGCCUAUUUUCUUGUUUUUUGUAUUUACAAAUUUAUAUAAAUAACCAAUAAAAUGUAUGCCAUUGUCUGUCUGAUGAUUCAUACAUCCAUCUGUCCAAGUACAUCUCUUGAUAGCUCAAGUUUUUUUUAACAGAUCUUCAUAAUUUUUUUUUUAAUUUUCAUUUUAUAACUUAAAAAUGUUCAAAAUAAGACGAAGGGCAUAUCAUAUAUGCAUCCAUGGUGUAGCAGUAAACUGAUUCAGUUUUAUCUGGUAUUUACAUCACUUGAUAGGGGUUGUAAAUAUCAUAUAACAGAAAACCAAAGAAUGUCAAAGAUUUGAUUUGAUAAACAAUUGGUCUUUUUAUACAUUUAAGUCAAUUUGUUGGUCUUUUUAUACAUGUAAGUCAAAUUUGUUUGCUUGAUAAUAAAAAAAAUUUAUAAAAAAAAACUUAAAAAGGUACUUAACGUUAUGGAAUAGAUAUCUGCAUUAGAAAACCUUCUUCAAUAUUUUAAUAUAAAUGGUGUUUAUCAGUGUUUUACUUUUAGAUACUUAUAUCAAGAUGUACAUGACUAAUUUACUUUUAGCUACACAUUCAGCCUACAACCAUACAAUGUAUUUUUACGUUACAUUGUUUUCCCAAAAAGUUUUAAAU